AAAGGAGUGCUGUCCUCCACGUUUUCGCGCCAUAUUACCUUCGCUACUCUUAUUUCACGUUAUUUUUAUGUGCAUCAUUAUAUUUGUGCUAUGUGAAGCAUCAGCCAGACGAGUCGUGGACGGAACACUGGAGUUGUAGACUUGAGGGUGUGAAAAUGGGUCGUGGGGACAACCUGACAAUACUCUACCCUCCCGGUUGUAGGGAAGUGACGGAAGAUGUGGGUCCAGAUGAGCUUAUCCGGCGGCUUAAGACUCUGGCGCAUACAUUGCAGUCCAUGGGUCAGGAUGAUGGUGCCUAUCAGGAAUAUGUGCCACUGGCAAUGCACAUAGCAGAUGAUUUCUUUCUCUCUUAUCCGAGUCGUGAUGUGCAGCUGCUGAUAGCCUGCUGCAUCGCUGAUGUUUUGAGGGUUUAUGCCCCAGAAGCACCGUACAAGGAUCCUGCACAAGUGAAGACACUUUUCAUGUUCCUGAUAAAACAGCUUGGAGGGUUGAAGGAUCCCAAGGAUCCAGCUUUCAAGCGUUACUUCUACCUCCUUGAGAACCUGGCUUAUGUCAAGUCUUUCAACAUGUGCUUUGAAUUGGAAGAUUGCCAAGAGAUAUUCUGCAAACUCUUCAAAUUAAUGUUCAACAUUGUCAAUGAUGAACACAGCGGGAAGGUGAAGUCAUUCAUGUUGGAUGUUCUCUGUCCACUCAUCAAUGAGAGUGAUGUUGUGUCUAAUGAUCUCCUUGACAUAAUAUUAGCUAAUGUUCUGGAACCAGCCAAAUCUCAGCGAAAAAUGCCUAUCAUCUAGCAAAAGAAUUAGUUGUGAAGUGUUCUGAUACUCUUGAACCAUAUAUUCAAGCAUUCUUCAAUCAUGUCUUAAUAUUGGGGCGUGAAGAAAAGACACUGACCAUAUCUCAGAAGGUGUACGACCUCAUAUAUGAAUUGAAUCACAUCUGUCCUUCAGUCCUAUUAUCUGUGUUACCGCAGUUGGAGUUUAAAUUGAAGAGUUCGGAUGAAGAAGAGCGUUACGGAUCAGUUUCCUUGCUAGCACGAAUGUUUUCUGAGAGUCAACUCUUGCACUUAAUCACAGGCAGCUGUGGACAGCUUUUCUAGGAAGAUUUAAUGAUAUCAGCAUUAAGAUACGUACCAAGUGUGUGCAGUAUUCGAUGCACUUUUUAUUAAAUCAUCCACUGUUACGUAAAGAUAUCACAGAUACAUUGAAACUCAGACAGCAUGACUCUGAAGAGAGUGUUCGAUAUGAAGUUGUGAUGG